CACAGCGCGGCUCCGUCAGGUGUGGUCACACACACACACACACACACACACACAAGCCGACUGGAGAGGAGGUCACGCCUUCGGACUUUCCCGGAACAGCAUGACCGACCACCGGGUAGGGAAGCAACCGCUGUGAUGAUUGACCUCACCCGCCGGACCCACGGUUGAUCGAGUCUCCAGCCCCCCGGGAAACCUGGCCUGAACAAGAAAGUAAGGACCUAACCUUGGAAGAGAUUGUCCUUGUUCACCGAGGAGAGGAGGUCAAAGUGGAAACUGUCAUAAAACCUGAGAGUGGUUUUCUCUUUUGGACUUUUCGACUGGGGCCGGGAAUAUAAAUCCGAUAAGGGGCCUCUGUUUACCCACAGAGCUCACAGACAAAAUACUACACCGCUGUCAUCCGUAGCACGAGCUAGCCUCUGCUGCAUGCCAUGCCUCUUUUGACGUGUCCAUCAAGAAGACCCACUGCCCUCAAGAAACCUCCAUCUCAACGAAGGGAGACCCAGCUGUGAACGCACUCAGGGACGCACUCUGGGAUAUUACCGCUGGCUGAAACGUGGUGGAAGUGAGGCUGGGAAGGAGACGUAUGGACCCCACCCCCCCCACCCCCCUCCCAGGGUAAAUCAUCGUCAGCCACCUGCCUACAGGAAUUACCCACAAUGCUUCUGGCCUGUUCCUUUACCACACUGUGAAAGCAAAACUAGUGUGAAACGGUGAACUAACCAGGCUGGUUUGGACCAAAUCAUAGUUGUGGUGGGUGUGAGGACGAUAAUUACAAUACUGAAGGGGAAAUUGUCCAUGGUUUUCUGUUGGGGAAUAUAUCGGCUUUGUGGACGAAGACAUCUGGUGCUGUUCUGAACUGGACGUGUUGGACAGUGAGGAGCGAGGGGAGAAGAAGAAGAAUCACGGUCAUUUUGGCGUAUGGGCCAUCUGAGACCGCCUUCUGAGUGAACUGUGAAGCUUUCCAGGCCCCGGUCAAAAUGGCGGGAAAGGACUACAAUCAUCUGUUCAAACUGCUCAUCAUCGGAGACUCCAAUGUAGGUAAAAGCAGCCUUUUGCUCCGCUUCGCCGACAACUCCUUCUCUGGAAGCUACAUAACCACUAUCGGGGUGGACUUCAAGAUCCGCACGGUGGACAUCGACGGGGAGCGUGUCAAACUCCAAAUCUGGGACACGGCAGGCCAGGAACGAUUCCGCACCAUCACGUCAACCUACUACAGAAACACCCACGGGGUCAUCAUCGUGUACGACGUCACCAACCCCGAGUCCUUCGUCAACGUCAAGCGGUGGCUCAACGAGAUCACGCAGAACUGUGACAACGUCUCCAAGAUCCUGGUGGGAAACAAGAACGACGAUCCCACCCGGAAGCAAGUGGACACCAGCGACGCCAUGCAGUUCGGGGAGUCGGUGGGGGUCCCGGUGUUUGAGACCAGCGCCAAGGAGAACAUGAACGUGGAGGAGAUGUUCAUGGCCUUCACCCACAUGGUGCUGCGAGCCAAGAAGCAGAGCCAGAACCGGGCUGAGAGGGAGAGGGAGCGCGAGAGGGACCGCGUGGACAUCAGCGCCCACCGCGACCGCGACCGCAAGAGGAGGGGCAAGAAGUGCUGCUGAGGCCCCAGACCCCACCUCCACCUCCUCCUCCUCCACCUCCCUGUCCCUGCCCACCUGUGACCAACACGCUCGCACUCGCAUGGAGAGAGAGAGAGAUAGAGGAUUGGUUGUGCCUUAACGCGAGUCCGUCUAAAGAGUGGAUAAACAUUGGCGUCAAGCCUCUGGUGAAACGUCCGCUCCUCACAGUAGCUUUUUCUGAUUGGCUCACGAGGCCAGGCCCAAUGUAACGACCGGUACGGACACUCGUCUGGGAAACGGUGACUGCGAUGAGCUGUCCUGUGAUCGGUGUGAUUCCCGUAGCUAAGUCUGUUCCUGGGGGAUUUGACGGAGGAUGGACUACAGUGAUACAGGGUCAGUUUGCCAAAGCAACACGGAACACUAUUGGAUGAGUGACGGACAGUACAGACUCAAAAGGCCAGAGAGGGAACGGUUAUUGUUUCACCGCUGAUCGCCUGGGAAACCCAGUGGUGGAAGAGCCAGCGUGUCAACUUUGCACUGAGAGGAAUUGCAGAUGAAACGAUUGAAAAACCACUGCUGUGUGCCAACUUUUGUUUUUAAUAAUCGUAUUCUAACAGUAUGUGUUUGCUUGUUUUAUCUUCGGAAGGGAACUAGUGUGCUUGUUUCUCGUGACCAGAACGCUUACCUAAACGAGACGCACUCCAAUGGGCAUAGUCUUUUGUUUUUUAGCAUCUUAUAAGCCUUAAUUCUUUGUAAAACGUGGUCAGUGAUGCAGAGUUAGUCUUAACGGUUGACGCAAAAUGUGAUUAGAGUUGUCAUCUAAUGAUUUUUUUUAUGAAAAUGCCUAGCAAAUAACCAAUUAAAGCAAUAAAGUAAAUAAGUCAGUUUUGUCCCACUAUUUUAAGGAGAACUUUAUGGAUUUCCUUUAAUGGAUCGAGUUGGGAUAUCAUUCUUUCUUGAGAGGGCGAAUAAAAUGUAUUCAAUGCCUAAAGGUAAAACAUUCAAAAAGUGAAGUAGUUCAUUUGCGCUUCACUCAAUAUUUGAUGGCUAAUUAAUGCUGGGCAUUUUUAGUAUGGCAGAGGGGUUAAUCAUGAAUAUUCAUGUGGUUGCCUGGUAACCAGCAUGGUCAUUACAACACAUAACAUUCAAAGUGAUCAGAAAAUAGCUGUUUAAAAUCCAAGUACUUUAAUGAAACAAAGUUCACUAAUUGAUACAGACUCACAAAUUAACAAUCUAACUUGCAUGGCGGAUUGCAACCAAAUGUAAACGUGACUGCAAUAUGUCCAGAAUACAAUUAUUGAGUGAUGUUUCGCAUUACAUUGAGCCGUUGGGUUGCCAAUAUCGCAGGCAGGUAGUUUCCAUCGUGUUAAACAGGUGUGACGGCCGACCGCUUCAGCCACCCGCGUCAACAAUGAAAGCAGCAGGACAGAACUUCUUUUAAUGAGGAACCAUACAGACCAGACUCGUGCUUGUGAAACCGUCAGUAGGACUAAACCCGGUAUGGCGAGCAGCUUGUGGUCGUGUCUCUCUUGGUAUUUUUGGCAUCCAAAACUCCCAGUGGUGUCGGUUGUGGUGUCCAUCACACUAGUAGGUGUCUCACGCGACCCAGAGAGAUCGAGC